GAUUGCUGCACAUGAUCUUGCUUGCAGCAGAUCCAGCAUGGACCCUCCUCCUAGCAUGAGUGAUCUGAGGAUUGUUCUUCUGGGGAAGAGCGUGUCAGAAAACAGUCGUGUGGGAAACUUCAUCUUAGGACGAGCAGCGUUUGACAGUGAAGCUCCUCCAGAUGUUGUAGAGAGAGUCGGAGGAAGACUGAAGGACAGACACCUGAUCAUCAUCAACAGUCCUCAGCUGCUCCAGACGAACAUCUCAGAUCAUCAGCUCACACAGACAGUGAGAGAGUGUGUGCAUCUGUCUGAUCCAGGACCUCAUAUCUUCAUAAUCACACUGCAGUAUAAAGACUUCACCGAGGAGGACCUGAGAAGAGUGAAAUAUAUGCUGGAGAGAUUCAGUGAAGAGGCCGUUAAACGCUCUAUAGUGAUCACGACUGAUGAAGAGGCGCAUGAUGCUGCGAGAGCUAAUGAAUUAAUUCAGCAGUUAAUUAUCAAAUGUGGAGGAGGACAUCUGCAGCUUGAUCAUAAAAACGAGGAAUGCUGCUCUAUAAUAUUGCAGCGAUUAGAGAAGAUCCUCGGAGAUAACAGUGAAGAGGAUCUGUAUCAUGAUGCAGAAGGAUCAUCAGUCGAUGAAGAUCAGAGCAGAUCUUUUGUUUCACUCCGAAUAGAGGAGGAAGAGGAAGAUUUGGAUGAAGAUGAUGAUGGAAAAUCCCAAGACACUCAUAUAGAGAAAAAGGAAGCCAAAGGUUUUCUUCAUAAUAUACCAAAACUAUCCUUUUUUAGUACUCCAGAUCCGAGACAUGAGCGUGAGCAAGCAAAGAGAAGUGUACAUGCGAGCAGGAAACCGAAGCUGUGUGUUGUGUUGUGUGGAAGUGAUGGAAGACUGAAGGCCUCCGUAUCUAAACUUAUAAGAGGAAAAAAGCAGUUUCUUUCCCCCUUGCACCAGAAAGAGAAAGAGUGUGUGAGGAGAGACGUGGAGAUUCAUGCUCAUCUGAUGAGUCUGGUGAAGCUUCCAGCUCUGACUCGGCUCUCAGAGGAGGACGUGAUGCAUCAGACUCUCAACUGUGUGUCUCUCUGUGAUCCUGGAGUUCAUGUUUUCCUCCUCAUUGUUCCUGCUGGUCCACUGACUGAUGAAGACAAAGCAGAAAUGGAGGAGAUCCAGAAGAUAUUCAGCUCAAGGAUCAAAAACCACCUCAUGGUUCUUAUAAUCCAAGAGAAGAACAUGUUUAGUAAAUGGAUUAGUAGUAAAAGUAGUCUACAUAGUAUUUCAUCUGCUCUGAUGUGUCUUCAGUCAUUUGAAGGUCGUCAGUUUGUUUUGGAGAACAGCUCACGGAUUCCAGAUCUACUGCAGGAUGUGAAGAACAUGGUGCAAGAGAAUGGAGGAAGUUGUUACACAACCUUCAUGUACCUUCAGGCUCGAGUAGAACUGGAGAGAAACAAACACAGAGCUGAAAUAGAGGAACUGAGAAGAUCUAUGAUGAAUACUCAGUCAACAGCAGGUUUAACACACAAUUAUGUUGCUGUGAGGAUUGUGCUGCUGGGAAAGACAGGUGCUGGGAAAAGUGCAACGGGAAACACAAUACUGGGAAGAGAAGCUUUUAUAUCAAAACUGACUUCACGCUCAGUGACCAGAGAGUGUGAGAAAGAAACCUCUGAGUUCAACAGAAGACGGAUUACUGUGAUCGACACUCCAGGCCUGUUUGAUACUGGAGUUGAUAAUGUUGAGACCAGGAAGGAGAUUGUGAAGUGUGUCUCAAUGGCAGCACCUGGACCACAUGUGUUUCUGCUGGUGAUUCAACUGGGACGAUUCACUCAAGAGGAGAAAGAUGCAGUGAAGAUGAUCCAGGACAUGUUUGGAGACAAAUCCAGAAUGUAUACCAUGGUGCUCUUCACCAGAGGAGAUGAUCUUAGAGGAUCAAGAGUUGAAGAUUUUAUUGAAGGUGAUGAUAGCUUACAGUACCUCAUCAAGCAGUGUGGUCACAGAUACCAUGUGUUCAGUAACAAAGACACUAAAGAUCAGAUGCAGGUUUCUGAGCUGCUGGAUAAGAUUGACUGUAUGGUGGCAGCAAAUGGACAAAGUUUCUACACCAAUGAGAUGUUCCAGCAGGUGGAGAAGAACAUCAGAGAAGAGCAAGAAAGAAUCAUGAAAGAGCGAGAAGAAGAGAUCAAGAGAAAAGAAGAAGAAUUGAGAGCCAAAUAUGAAGCAGAAAUAGAAGAAAUUAAGAAAGAAAAUGAGAGAGAAAGACAAGAGAUGCAGAAUGAACUGAGAAAAAGUGAAGAAGAAUUCAAAAAGAGAGAAGAAGAGAUCAAGAAAGAAACAGACGAAAAUCUACAAAAAGAGCUGCAGAGAAAACUAGAGGAGAAACAGAAACUAUUUGAAGAAGAAAAUAAAAGAAAAGAAAAUGCUUUGGGAGAGCAACGAGAGAACUUCAUAAAAUACUUGGAAGAAAAGCACGAGAAAGAAAAACAAAAACUUAAGGAGAAAAUUCAGCGUGAAACAAGAGAACAAGCAGAGUGUGAAUAUCUCAUAAAACUCGAAAGAGAAGUAGCUGAAGCUUUAAAAGAAGCUGAAGAACAACUACCAUGUAGUGCAAAACGAGCUCGUGACUGGAGUCAGUUUGGAGGUUUUAUCGGAGCAGCUGCUGGAAGUUUUGUUGGUUCUUAUGAAGACAUGGUGUGUUGGAUUAUCAGAAUAAGUUCUAAAUGUCAAGCUCAUAAGCAAACUGAAGGUUCGCAGAAGGAGUCCAGACUUGGAUCGGCCCCACAGCAGGAGGCAUCGCAGUUCAAGUGUUGAUCGCCCCAAUAUGUCAAUACAGGCAUCUACAAAACCAGACCUGAACCUGGUGUUGUGUGGAAGUGAUGCUGCUCUGAA